AGAAGAAGGAAGCUGCAGGGCGGCUGCUGCUGGUUUCCUUUCAGGUCUGAACUCUGCGGGUCUGUUCCGGAUAAAUCAGGAUGGGUUCCUCCCCGUCCCCCCUCCCGGUUCCCACCCCCCUCCCUGGCUGCUCCGUGACGCUCUGCCCUGAACUGGACCUGUCCCUCAAUCUCAGCCCGGCGCCAAAGAACCAGCCUGUGCAGCAGAAUGAGCAGCGGGAGCGGCCCCGCCCACAGCCCCGCCCACAGCCCCGCCCACUGGGACCAAACAGGAAGAAGAGGAACGCUAAGGUGGGCUUCAGAGAGCCGCUCACAGCAGAACCAGAACCAGAACCUCAUCAGCAGCCCAGCAGCAGCUCAGGCCAUCACCAUGGAGCUGGUGGAGGUUCUGUGGACCCAACCGUCCAGAACCAGAGCCGUCUGGAAAAGGCCGAGCUUAACUCCACCCUGGCCCUGAAGGUGGAGCUCCAGACGCUGCAGGAGGAAGCCUUCGAUCCCCACAGGGCGCUCCAGGAGACCCUUCAGAACCCUGGAAGGACCCGGGCCCUGAUGGAUGCCCGAGCCGCUGAAGAGGUGAACGUCUCUCGCUCUCAGAUCCUCUUCAGCUCUCUGGUCAGCGUCAGCGUCCAGGAGGAUCAGCUGCUCAGCCAGGUGCUGCAGGACAGGCUGAUGCUGGCUCCGCCUCCACCCUGCUGCCAUGACAACAAGACAGGAGAGGGCCCCUCCCUCCACUUCUUCAUCCACUCUGACCUGUACCGACAGAAGCCCCUCCCACUGGAGGAGGGGCCACCAGUGAUGAAAGCGUCUCUGUCCCCAUGUCCAGCCUCGUCCACCUUUGACCUCUACAGGAGACAGAGGUGCUGGGAGACGGCGCCCUGACUCGGACCGCCGCCGUGUUCCAGCCUCGGGGGGGG